GCAUGUAUUCCUCAGAGUGGUGAAGCGUGGCUCGUCUCACCAGCAGGCGGUGAUCUGCUCUUCACCAAAUACGGUCACUGCGCGCUGAGUGUGCGCGAGCCGCGGCUGCCAGUGCCUGUCCGGGCGCGUGUCAGAGACCUGCGCGCUUAGCUCCUCUCGGAAAGCCAUGCCCUCAGAUCUUGCUAAGAAGAAGGCUGCAAAGAAGAAGGAGGCUGCCAAAGCUCGACAGCGUGCGAAAAAGCAUGAUGAGGUGAACGGAGAAGGAGAGCUUCCGGACAGCCAAGUGAAUGGUGCAGUAACUAAUGGGGAGGCAAAUGGAGAUGUCGCCGCUCUGGCUAAGGAGCUGGAUGAGUUUGAGAUGCGUAAGAUGGAGGCACGGGCAGUGACUGGCGUCCUGGCCUCCCAUCCCAACAGCACUGAUGUUCACAUCAGCAGUCUGUCACUCACCUUUCAUGGCCAAGAGUUACUGAGCGAUACAAGCCUGGAGCUCAACUCCGGCCGGCGCUACGGUCUCAUUGGCCUCAACGGCACAGGCAAGUCCAUGCUCCUGUCUGCUAUUGGCCAUCGAGAAGUUCCCAUCCCAGAACACAUAGACAUCUACCACCUCACACGUGAGAUGGCCCCUAGUGAGAAAACAGCACUGCAGUGUGUUAUGGAGGUUGAUGAAGAGAGAAUAAAGCUAGAAAAGGAGGCUGAGCGAUUGGCUCAUGAGGACUCUGAGUGUGAGAAGCUGAUGGAGAUCUAUGAGCGUUUGGAGGAGUUGGACGCAGACAAAGCUGAAGUUCGAGCCUCACGAAUCCUCUUUGGACUGGGUUUCACCCCUUCUAUGCAGAAAAAAAAACUGAAAGAUUUCAGUGGAGGCUGGAGGAUGCGUGUGUCCCUUGCCAGAGCUCUGUUCAUAAAGCCCUUCAUGCUGUUGUUAGAUGAACCUACUAACCACCUGGAUUUGGAUGCCUGUGUGUGGCUGGAAGAAGAACUUAAGUCUUUUAAGCGAAUCCUUGUACUCAUUUCACAUUCUCAAGACUUUCUCAAUGGUGUGUGCACAAACAUCAUUCAUCUCCACCAGAGGAAGCUCAAGUACUACACUGGUAACUAUGACCAGUAUGUGAAGACCAGGGAGGAACUGGAGGAAAACCAGAUGAAGCGGUACAACUGGGAGCAGGACCAGAUAGCUCACAUGAAGAACUAUAUUGCCCGUUUUGGUCACGGCUCUGCAAAGCUAGCCCGUCAGGCUCAAAGCAAAGAAAAAACACUACAGAAAAUGGUGGCCUCUGGCCUAACCGCUCGUGUCGUGAACGACAAGACCUUGUCGUUUUAUUUUCCACCUUGUGGGAAGAUCCCGCCUCCUGUCAUCAUGGUGCAGAAUGUCAGCUUCAGAUACUCCAGUGACACACAUUUUAUUUAUAAGAACUUGGAGUUUGGCAUUGACCUGGACACACGAGUUGCGCUUGUGGGUCCCAAUGGGGCAGGGAAGUCCACACUUCUCAAGCUACUAAUGGGAGAGCUUCUCCCCACAGACGGAAUGAUAAGAAAGCAUUCACAUGUCAAGAUUGGCAGGUAUCACCAGCAUCUGACUGAGCAGCUAGAGCUUGACCUGUCUCCUCUGGAGUACAUGAUGAAGUGUUUCCCAGAAAUCAAAGAGAAAGAGGAGAUGAGGAAGAUUAUUGGACGUUACGGUCUGACAGGGAAGCAGCAGGUCAGUCCCAUCAGGAACUUGUCAGAUGGCCAGAAGUGUCGGGUGUGUUUCGCCUGGCUCGCAUGGCAGAAUCCCCACAUGCUGUUUCUGGAUGAGCCAACUAAUCACUUGGACAUUGAGACAAUUGAUGCUUUGGCUGAGGCCAUCAGUGAGUUUGAGGGAGGAAUGAUGCUAGUUAGCCACGACUUCAGACUUAUUCAGCAGGUGGCUCAGGAAAUUUGGGUUUGUGAGAAGCAGACCAUCACCAAAUGGAACGGGGACAUUUUGGCUUACAAAGAGCACUUGAAAUCAAAAAUUGACAGACAGACUCAUGAUAUUUAAAAAUCCAUGAGCUGGACAGACAAACUUUUCCAUCAUGGAUUGUUUACCCUCCUCUAUUUCCCAGAUGUGCAUGACUGAUGGAAUCAGACAGUGAACCCCAGUUUCUUAGCUGUUGAUGUGGAUUGCAUUCCAUUAUACUGUCAUCUAGGAUUGUUGACGACUUCUUCAAGAGCGAUCAUUAAGCGUUCCCUGGUCUUAUAUCUUUUAAUGCACCUCUCAUUUCCCAGAAUCAGCGAGUCUGUUUUAUUUAAUAUUGUAAAGGCAAUAAUGGUUUAUUGGAAUAAAUAGAUUCAAUUAUGUUGGUGCAGAACAGUAGAAAACAUCACUGUAUUCAGAAAGCAAUUUUCAGAAUAUCCUACAUCAAAACAUUAUGUACAGUGUUCAUACCAAAAUAAUGAAUGUAGGCAUAAAAUACCAUUUUAAACUGA